GGCACUUAAAGGGGUUUAUACAGCCAGAGGCAAAUGUUAGUUAUUAGGCAUAGCUAAAUAGUCUUUGCUUGGUGCACAAGCCCCUUUCAUCUUCUAUACUACUCCUAAGACAUCUAUAGGUCUUAUAUUUAAUGACCUUUCUCCAGUGUACUAUAAUAAUCACUCACUAUGGACACCUUAUCUACUGAGCACCAUGCGGUUUCUAUAAUUUUCUUAUAGGCCCGAGAUUACCCCUUCAACAUUCAGACGUCCACACAUCAGCUCUAUUCCUAACUCACUCACACCUGUCCUACCAUCCGGAGUCAAUAGUUUCACCAAGCCAAACAGUCCGAUGUUAAUAUUUGCAUCGACCUUGUCUUGCCAAGUUCAACCUAAUCAUAACCUAAUCAUACUGUCGUACUAAUCUCAGAGGCGAAGUUAGCAUCCCGAAUCACUACAUAAUCCCCUUUACGUCUUCUCUCAUGCCACAUCAAUUCUCAACUCUCCUAGCUAUUGUGACCUAAAGACAUAAAGAAGACUCGAUUCUCGUAGGCUCUUUUUAGCCUACUAUCAUCAUCCUUACGAGAACACCUUUGCUUACCGACCACAUCUUCUGCUUGCAAGUACGACGAGGAAACUUACGUGUAUUUUCACUUACCACCUCGUUCAUUAUGGCUGUUCACCACGGUCGCGUUGCCUGCAAGACAAUACCGUCCCGAUCUGUUGCUGUUGUAGCAGCCUCCUAUGGGAAAGAUGGUCAACUACAAACCACCAUCGUGUCUGGAAUUAGCCAGCAGCGCUGUUUGGAUCUUGACGUUCUUGACGUUCCCGACGAAGGAGUCUAUAUCAUCUACCAAGACCGAGCUAUACAGAUCGCUGCCCCGCCAUGCGAUAAAAGGAAAUGCAAUGCAUCUCACAUCUGCCGUUGUGACACACCUCAGUUCUCUGUUAAGAGACCUCCCUUUAGCCGCCAUAGCAUCAAACGAAGAGUAGUGUCCUGGCCGGUGUGGAAACCCUGUAUGUGCUGCUUGCUGACUUGGCUUCGCCUCUACCAAGCUACCGAAGCAGUAAACCGACUCAACCUACAAUUCCUUCGACACCCAAGAACCCUCACGUGGACUAGCCUAUAUGACCAUCAGGCUUUCCACUACGAUGCCGAGAUAGAGGAGAGAUCUGUUCGGUCCAAUUAUAAUGGAACCUCCAACAGACCUAUCAACCCAAAGUCAUCCUGUUCACCCCGUAUUUUUGAAUGGAUGAAAGAUACGUGGAGUGAAUUUGUAGACAGUGGAUGUUGUAAGCCUCGUUCUAUUACAGCUCUACCAGAUAACGAAAACAGUACCUACGACGAAAGUUACUUCACCAAAGAACAAGCUGGUUCAGAGAUUGACUCGGAUUGGGAUGACCUCGACAUGCCCUGUGUGCCUUAUAACACAUCCGAUAACACGUCCAAUGAAGACUACGAUCUCAUUGAUGAUCUUAUCGAGGAGGAAUUUCCAAACUUGCGGAAGAGCGACACAGCUAUCCCAACAGAGGACAACGGCCCUGACGAAGAGAGAGAUGACCCAGCACCUGUUGUUAUUCCACCGAAGAACAUGGAAAUGGCGCGAGGCUUUGAGACAGUAACAACGUCAGGGAAGUCGAGCCCAGCACAACUAGGUAACAGCAGUUAUGUAUCCAUCAUCGACUCUCAGACGAUAGAGCCGCAGACUGCUCUGGGUACCAAACGGUCGUAUUCAGAUCUUUUGGAGUCGGACCAACGCAGUCCAACCCCCGCAGAGGACCUGUCUCGUAUAAAGCAGCGAAAACGAGAAAUCGCCAAACCGUCUAUCAGAAGCCGCCACCGCUACAGCCCUGUCAUUCACCAAUCCUUCCCACACCUCAAGCGCAUUCCACAGAGGAUCCUCGUUACUUAAUGCUAAAGGGGCUGAAGGUUCUAUAGCGACGUGGAAAUUGAACUAUUUCUAUUUGUUGUACUAAUAUUAUGGUUAUUGCACCAGAUUGCACAAGCAUCUUAGCAGGCCAAUAACCAUCAUUUGCUUAUUCUUUUAUUUAUUCGGAUUUUUACUACUCCUCCCUGGUUCUUUAUGAUGCUAACCAGCAUGAGGAGAUUUUUGGAUAAUGGGCGCGGCUAUCCCCAGCUCCCGUCGGCUCUUCUGAGU